AUGAACGGACGGUGUGAUUUGGACACGAUUGUGAAAUGGCAAGAUACAUUACGCUGUAGAGACAACUACCACAACCACAGCUCCUCCAACAACCACCACAACCACAGCUCCUCCAACUACCACCACAACCACAGCUCCUCCAACAACUACCACCACUACAGCUCCUCCAACAACUACCACAACUACAGCUCCUCCAACAACCACCACAACUACAGCUCCUCCAACUACCACCACAACCACAGCUCCUCCAACAACUACCACAACUACAGCUCCUCCAACAACUACCACAACCACAGCUCCUCCAACAACUACCACAACUACAGCUCCUCCAACAACUACCACAACUACAGCUCCUCCAACAACCACCACAACUACAGCUCCUCCAACUACCACCACAACCACAGCUCCUCCAACAACUACCACAACCACAGCUCCUCCAACAACCACCACAACCACAGCUCCUCCAACAACCACCACAACCACAGCUCCUCCAACAACUACCACAACCACAGCUCCUCCAACAACUACCACAACUACAGCUCCUCCAACAACUACCACAACUACAGCUCCUCCAACAACUAUCACAACUACAGCUCCUCCAACAACCACCACCACCACAGCUCCUCCAACAACUACCACGACUACAGCUCCUCAAACAACUACUACAACUACAGCUCCUCCAACAACUACCACCACCACAGCUCCUCCAACAACUACCACAACUACAGCUCCUCCAACAACUACCACAACCACAGCUCCUCCAACAACUACCACCACCACAGCUCCUCCAACUACCACCACAACCACAGCUCCUCCAACAACUACCACAACUACAGCUCCUCCAACAACUACCAUAACCACAGCUCCUCCAACAACUACCACAACCACAGCUCCUCCAACAACCACCACCACCACGGCUCCUCCAACAACUACCACCACCACAGCUCCUCCAACAACUACCACAACCACAGCUCCUCCAACAACCACCACCACCACGGCUCCUCCAACAACUACCACAACUACAGCUCCUCCAACAACUACCACAACUACAGCUCCUCCAACAACUACCACAACUACAGCUCCUCCAACAACUACCACCACCACAGAUCCUCCAACAACUACCACCACCACAGCUCCUCCAACAACUACCACCACCACAGCUCCUCCAACAACUACCACAACCACAGCUCCUCCAACAACUACCACAACUACAGCUCCUCCAACAACUACCACAACUACAGCUCCUCCAACAACCACCACAACUACAGCUCCUCCAACAACCACCACAACCACAGCUCCUCCAACAACUACCACAACUACAGCUCCUCCAACAACUACCACAACUACAGCUCCUCCAACAACUACCACAACCACAGCUCCUCCAACAACAACUACAACUACAGCUCCUCCAACAACCACCACAACUACAGCUCCUCCAACAACCACCACAACUACAGCUCCUCCAACAACUACCACAACCACAGCUCCUCCAACAACUACCACAACUACAGCUCCUCCAACAACUACCACAACCACAGCUCCUCCAACAACAACCACAACUACAGCUCCUCCAACAACUACCACAACUACAGCUCCUCCAACAACUACCACAACCACAGCUCCUCCAACAACUACCACAACCACAGCUCCUCCAACAACCACCACCACCACGGCUCCUCCAACAACUACCACCACCACAGCUCCUCCAACAACUACCACAACUACAGCUCCUCCAACAACUACCACAACUACAGCUCCUCCAACAACUACCACAACUACAGCUCCUCCAACAACUACCACAACCACAGCUCCUCCAACAACUACCACCACCACAGAUCCUCCAACAACUACCACCACCACAGCUCCUCCAACAACUACCACCACCACAGCUCCUCCAACAACUACCACAACCACAGCUCCUCCAACAACUACCACAACUACAGCUCCUCCAACAACAACCACAACUACAGCUCCUCCAACAACCACCUCAACUACAGCUCCUCCAACAACCACCACAACUACAGCUCCUCCAACAACUACCACCACCACAGCUCCUCCAACAACUACCACAACUACAGCUCCUCCAACAACUACCACAACCACAGCUCCUCCAACAACUACCACAACUACAGCUCCUCCAACAACUACCACAACUACAGCUCCUCCAACAACCACCACGACUACAGCUCCUCCAACAACUACCACAACUACAGCUCCUCCAACAACUACCACAACCACAGCUCCGCCAACAACUACCACAACUACAGCUCCUCCAACAACUACCACAACUACAGCUCCUCCAACAACCACCACAACUACAGCUCCUCCAACAACUACCACAACCACAGCUCCUCCAACAACUACCACAACUACAGCUCCUCCAACAACUACCACAACUACAGCUCCUCCAACAACCACCACGACUACAGCUCCUCCAACAACUACCACAACCACAGCUCCUCCGACAACUACCACAACUACAGCUCCUCCAACAACUACCACAACUACAGCUCCUCCAACAACUACCACCACCACAGCUCCUCCAACAACUACCACGACUACAGCUCCUCCAACAACUACCACAACCACAGCUCCUCCGACAACUACCACAACUACAGCUCCUCCAACAACUACCACAACUACAGCUCCUCCAACAACUACCACCACCACAGCUCCUCCAACAACUACCACAACUACAGCUCCUCCAACAACUACCACAACUACAGCUCCUCCAACAACUACCACCACCACAGCUCCUCCAACAACUACCACAACUACAGCUCCUCCAACAACUACCACAACUACAGCUCCUCCAACAACUACCACCACCACAGCUCCUCCAACAACUACCACAACUACAGCUCCUCCAACAACCACCACAACUACAGCUCCUCCAACAACUACCACCACAGAUCCUCCAACAACUACCACCACCACAGCUCCUCCAACAACUACCACAGCUCCUCCAACAACUACCACCACCACAGCUCCCCCAACAACUACCACAACCACAGCUCCUCCAACAACUACCACCACCACAGCUCCUCCAACAACAACCACAACAACAGCUCCUCCAACAACUACCACAACUACAGCUCCUCCAACAACUACCACAACCACAGCUCCUCCAACAACCACCACCACAGCUCCUCCAACAACUACCACCACCACGGCUCCUCCAACAACCACCACCACCACGGCUCCUCCAACAACCACCACAACCACGGCUCCUCCAACAACUACCACCACCACAGCUCCUCCAACAACUACCACAACCACAGCUCCUCCAACAACUACCACAACCACAGCUCCUCCAACUACCACCACAACCACAGCUCCUCCAACAACUACCACCACUACAGCUCCUCCAACAACCACCACAACCACAGCUCCUCCAACUACCACCACAACCACAGCUCCUCCAACAACUACCACAACUACAGCUCCUCCAACAACUACCACCACCACCACAGCUCCUCCAACAACUACCACAACUACAGCUCCUCCAACAACUACCACAACUACAGCUCCUCCAACAACUACCACAACCACAGCUCCUCCAACAACCACCACCACAGCUCCUCCAACAACUACCACCACCACGGCUCCUCCAACAACCACCACCACCACGGCUCCUCCAACAACCACCACAACCACGGCUCCUCCAACAACUACCACCACCACAGCUCCUCCAACAACUACCACAACCACAGCUCCUCCAACAACUACCACAACCACAGCUCCUCCAACUACCACCACAACCACAGCUCCUCCAACAACUACCACCACUACAGCUCCUCCAACAACCACCACAACCACAGCUCCUCCAACUACCACCACAACCACAGCUCCUCCAACAACUACCACAACUACAGCUCCUCCAACAACCACCACAACCACAGCUCCUCCAACAACUACCACAACUACAGCUCCUCCAAAAACUACCACAACCACAGCUCCUCCAACAACUACCACAACCACAGCUCCUCCAACAACUACCACAACUACAGCUCCUCCAACAACCACCACCACCACAGCUCCUCCAACAACUACCACAACUACAGCUCCUCCAACAACCACCACCACCACAGCUCCUCCAACAACUACCACCACCACAGCUCCUCCAACAACUACCACAACCACAGCUCCUCCAACAACCACCACAACCACAGCUCCUCCAACUACCACCACCACCACAGCUCCUCCAACAACUACCACCACUACAGCUCCUCCAACAACCACCACAACUACAGCUCCUCCAACAACUACCACAACCACAGCUCCUCCAACAACCACCACCACCACGGCUCCUCCAACAACUACCACCACCACAGCUCCUCCAACAACUACCACAACCACAGCUCCUCCAACAACUACCACAACUACAGCUCCUCCAACAACUACCACAACCACAGCUCCUCCAACAACUACCACAACUACAGCUCCUCCAACAACUACCACAACUACAGCUCCUCCAACAACCACCACAACUACAGCUCCUCCAACAACUACCACAACCACAGCUCCUCCAACAACUACCACAACCACAGCUCCUCCAACAACUACCACCACCACAGCUCCUCCAACAACUACCACAACUACAGCUCCUCCAACAACUACCACCACCACAGCUCCUCCAACAACUACCACAACUACAGCUCCUCCAACAACCACCACAACUACAGCUCCUCCAACAACUACCACAACCACAGCUCCUCCAACAACUACCACAACUACAGCUCCUCCAACAACCACCACCACCACAGCUCCUCCAACAACUACCACAACCACAGCUCUUCCAACAACUACCACAACUACAGCUCCUCAAACAACUACCACAACUACAGCUCCUCCAACAACCACCACAACUACAGCUUCUCCAACAACCACCACAACUACAGCUUCUCCAACAACUACCACAACCACAGCUCCUCCAACAACUACCACCACCACAGCUCCUCCAACAACUACCACAACCACAGCUCCUCCAACAACUACCACAACCACAGCUCCUCCAACAACUACCACGACUACAGCUCCUCCAACAACUACCACAACCACAGCUCCUCCAACAACCACCACCACCACAGCUCCUCCAACAACCACCACCACCACAGCUCCUCCAACAACUACCACCACCACAGCUCCUCCAACAACUACCACUACCACAGCUCCUCCAACAACUACCACGACUACAGCUCCUCCAACAACUACCACAACCACAGCUCCUCCAACAACCACCACCACCACAGCUCCUCCAACAACCACCACCACCACAGCUCCUCCAACAACUACCACAACCACAGCUCCUCCAACAACUACCACCACCACAGCUCCUCCAACAACUACCACAACCACAGCUCCUCCAACAACUACCACAACCACAGCUCCUCCAACAACUACCACAACCACAGCUCCUCCAACAACUACCACAACCACAGCUCCUCCAACAACUACCACCACCACAGCUCCUCCAACAACUACCACAACUACAGCUCCUCCAACAACUACCACAACCACAGCUCCUCCAACAACUACCACAACUACAGCUCCUCCAACAACUACCACAACUACAGCUCCUCCAACAACCACCACAACUACAGCUCCUCCAACAACUACCACAACCACAGCUCCUCCAACAACUACCACAACCACAGCUCCUCCAACAACCACCACCACCACAGCUCCUCCAACAACUACCACAACCACAGCUCCUCCAACAACUACCACAACUACAGCUCCUCCAACAACUACCACAACUACAGCUCCUCCAACAACCACCACAACUACAGCUCCUCCAACAACUACCACAACCACAGCUCCUCCAACAACUACCACCACCACAGCUCCUCCAACAACUACCACAACCACAGCUCCUCCAACAACUACCACAACCACAGCUCCUCCAACAACCACCACCACAACAGCUCCUCCAACAACCACCACCACCACAGCUCCUCCAACAACUACCACAACUACAGCUCCUCCAACAACUACCACCACCACAGCUCCUCCAACAACUACCACAGCUCCUCCAACAACUACCACGACUACAGCUCCUCCAACAACUACCACAACCACAGCUCCUCCAACAACCACCACCACCACAGCUCCUCCAACAACCACCACCACCACAGCUCCUCCAACAACUACCACAACCACAGCUCCUCCAACAACCACCACCACCACAGCUCCUCCAACAACUACCACAACUACAGCUCCUCCAACAACCACCACAACUACAGCUCCUCCAACAACUACCACCACAGCUCCUCCAACAACUACCACCACAGCUCCCCCAACAACUACCACCACCACAGCUCCUCCAACAACUACCACAACCACAGCUCCUCCAACAACUACCACCACUACAGCUCCUCCAACAACUACCACAACUACAGCUCCUCCAACAACCACCACAACCACAGCUCCUCCAACUACCACCACAACUACAGCUCCUCCAACAACCACCACAACUACAGCUCCUCCAACAACUACCACAACCACAGCUCCUCCAACAACUACCACAACCAGAGCUCCUCCAACAACUACCACAACCACAGCUCCUCCAACAACUACCACCACCACAGCUCCUCCAACAACUACCACAACCACAUCUCCUCCAACAACCACCACAACCACAGCUCCUCCAACUACCACCACAACCACAGCUCCUCCAACAACUACCACAACUACAGCUCCUCCAACAACUACCACAACCACAGCUCCUCCAACAACUACCACAACUACAGCUCCUCCAACAACUACCACAACUACAGCUCCUCCAACUACCACCACAGCUCCUCCAACAACUACCACAACUACAGCUCCUCCAACAACUACCACAACCACAGCUCCUCCAACAACUACCACGACUACAGCUCCUCCAACAACUACCACAACCACAGCUCCUCCAACAACUACCACAACCACAGCUCCUCCAACAACUACCACAACCACAGCUCCUCCAACAACUACCACAACCACAGCUCCUCCUACAACUACCACCACCACAGCUCCUCCAACAACUACCACAACCACAGCUCCUCCAACAACCACCACAACUACAGCUCCUCCAACAACUACCACAACCACAGCUCCUCCAACAACUACCACAACUACAGCUCCUCCAACAACUACCACAACUACAGCUCCUCCAACAACCACCACAACUACAGCUCCUCCAACAACUACCACAACCACAGCUCCUCCAACAACUACCACCACCACAGCUCCUCCAACAACCACCACCACCACAGCUCCUCCAACAACCACCACCACCACAGCUCCUCCAACAACUACCACAACUACAGCUCCUCCAACAACUACCACCACCACAGCUCCUCCAACAACUACCACAACCACAGCUCCUCCAACAACUACCACAACCACAGCUCCUCCAACAACUACCACCACCACAGCUCCUCCAACAACUACCACAACCACAGCUCCUCCAACAACCACCACAACCACGGCUCCUCCAACUACCACCACAACCACAGCUCCUCCAACAACUACCACAACUACAGCUCCUCCAACAACUACCACAACCACAGCUCAUCCAACAACUACCACAACUACAGCUCCUCCAACAAUUACCACAACUACAGCUCCUCCAACUACCACUACAACCACAGCUCCUCCAACAACUUCCACAACUACAGCUCCUCCAACAACUACCACAACCACAGCUCCUCCAACAACUACCACGACUACAGCUCCUCCAACAACUACCACAACCACAGCUCCUCCAACAACUACCACAACCACAGCUCCUUCAACUACCACCACAACCACAGCUCCUCCAACAACUACCACCACUACAGCUCCUCCAACAACUACCACGACUACAGCUCCUCCAACAACUACCACAACCACAGCUCCUCCUACAACUACCACCACCACAGCUCCUCCAACAACUACCACAACCACAGCUCCUCCAACAACUACCACAACCACAGCUCCUCCAACUACCACCACAACCACAGCUCCUCCAACAACUACCACAACUACAGCUCCUCCAACAACUACCACAACCACAGCUCCUCCAACAACUACCACAACUACAGCUCCUCCAACAACUACCACAACCACAGCUCCUCCAACAACUACCACAACUACAGCUCCUCCAACAACUACCACAACCACAGCUCCUCCAACAACUACCACAACCACAGCUCCUCCAACAACUACCACAACUACAGCUCCUCCAACAACUACCACAACUACAGCUCCUCCAACAACCACCACAACUACAGCUCCUCCAACAACUACCACAACAGAAGCUCCUCCAACAACUACCACCACCACAGCUCCUCGAACAACUACCACCACCACAGCUCCUCCAACAACUACCACAACCACAGCUCCUCCAACAACUACCACAACCACAGCUCCUCCAACAACUACCACAACCACAGCUCCUCCAACAACCACCACCACCACAGCUCCUCCAACAACUACCACAACUACAGCUCCUCCAACAACCUCCACAACUACAGCUCCUCCAACAACUACCACCACAGCUCCUCCAACAACUACCACCACAGCUCCCCCAACAACUACCACCACCACAGCUCCUCCAACAACUACCACAACCACAGGUCCUCCAACAACUACCACAACCACAGCUCCUCCUACAACUACCACCACCACAGCUCCUCCAGCAACUACCACAACCACAGCUCCUCCGACAACUACCACAACUACAGCUCCUCCAACAACUACCACAAGUACAGCUCCUCCAACAACUACCACGACUACAGCUCCUCCAACAACUACCACAACCACAGCUCCCCCUACAACUACCACCACCACAGCUCCUCCAACAACUACCACAACCACAGCUCCUCCAACAACUACCACAACCACAGCUCCUCCAACUACCACCACAACCACAGCUCCUCCAACAACUACCACAACUACAGCUCCUCCAACAACUACCACAACCACAGCUCCUCCAACAACUACCACAACCACAGCUCCUCCAACAACUACCACAACUACAGCUCCUCCAACAAUUACCACAACUACAGCUCCUCCAACUACCACCACAACCACAGCUCCUCCAACAACUACCACAACUACAGCUCCUCCAACAACUACCACAACCACAGCUCCUCCAACAACUACCACGACUACAGCUCCUCCAACAACUACCACAACCACAGCUCCUCCAACAACUACCACAACCACAGCUCCUCCAACUACCACCACAACCACAGCUCCUCCAACAACUACCACCACUACAGCUCCUCCAACAACUACAGCUCCUCCAACAACUACCACAACCACAGCUCCUCCUACAACUACCACCACCACAGCUCCUCCAACAACUACCACAACCACAGCUCCUCCAACAACCACCACAACCACAGCUCCUCCAACUACCACCACAACCACAGCUCCUCCUACAACUACCACGACUACAGCUCCUCCAACAACUACCACAACUACAGCUCCUCCAACAACUACCACAACCACAGCUCCUCCAACAACCACCACAACAGCAGCUCCUCCAACAACUACCACCACCACAGCUCCUCCAACAACUACCACCACCACAGCUCCUCCAACAACUACCACAACCACAGCUCCUCCAACAACUACCACAACCACAGCUCCUCCAACAACCACCACCACCACAGCUCCUCCAACAACUACCACAACUACAGCUCCUCCAACAACCACCACAACUACAGCUCCUCCAACAACUACCACCACAGCUCCUCCAACAACUACCACCACAGCUCCCCCAACAACUACCACCACCACAGCUCCUCCAACAACUACCACAACCACAGCUCCUCCAACAACUACCACAACCACAGCUCCUCCUACAACUACCACCACCACAGCUCCUCCAACAACUACCACAACCACAGCUCCUCCGACAACUACCACAACUACAGCUCCUCCAACAACUACCACAACUACAGCUCCUCCAACAACUACCACGACUACAGCUCCUCCAACAACUACCACAACCACAGCUCCUCCUACAACUACCACCACCACAGCUCCUCCAACAACUACCACAACCACAGCUCCUCCAACAACUACCACAACCACAGCUCCUCCAACUACCACCACAACCACAGCUCCUCCAACAACUACCACAACUACAGCUCCUCCAACAACUACCACAACCACAGCUCCUCCAACAACUACCACAACUACAGCUCCUCCAACAACUACCACAACUACAGCUCCUCCAACAACCACCACCACCACAGCUCCUCCUACAACUACCACGACUACAGCUCCUCCAACAACUACCACAACUACAGCUCCUCCAACAACUACCACAACCACAGCUCCUCCAACAACUACCACAACUACAGCUCCUCCAACAACUACCACAACCACAGCUCCUCCAACAACUACCACAACCACAGCUCCUCCAACAACUACCACAACUACAGCUCCUCCAACAACUACCACAACUACAGCUCCUCCAACAACCACCACAACCACAGCUCCUCCAACAACUACCACAACUACAGCUCCUCCAACAACUACCACCACCACAGCUCCUCCAACAACUACCACCACCACAGCUCCUCCAACAACUACCACCACCACAGCUCCUCCAACAACUACCACAACCACAGCUCCUCCAACAACUACCACAACUACAGCUCCUCCAACAACCACCACAACUACAGCUCCUCCAACAACUACCACCACAGCUCCUCCAACAACUACCACCACAGCUCCCCCAACAACUACCACCACCACAGCUCCUCCAACAACUACCACAACCACAGCUCCUCCAACAACUACCACAACCACAGCUCCUCCUACAACUACCACCACCACAGCUCCUCCAACAACUACCACAACCACAGCUCCUCCGACAACUACCACAACUACAGCUCCUCCAACAACUACCACAACUACAGCUCCUCCAACAACUACCACGACUACAGCUCCUCCAACAACUACCACAACCACAGCUCCUCCAACAACUACCACAACUACAGCUCCUCCAACAACUACCACCACCACAGCUCCUCCAACAACUACCACAACUACAGCUCCUCCAACAACUACCACAACUACAGCUCCUCCAACAACCACCACCACGGCUCCUCCAACAACUACCACCACCACAGCUCCUCCAACAACUACCACAACUACAGCUCCUCCAACAACUACCACAACUACAGCUCCUCCAACAACCACCACAACUACAGCUCCUCCAACAACUACCACCACCACAGCUCCUCCAACAACUACCACAACCACAGCUCCUCCAACAACUACCACAACCACAGCUCCUCCUACAACUACCACCACCACAGCUCCUCCAACAACAACCACAGCUCCUCCGACAACUACCACAACUACAGCUCCUCCAACAACUACCACAACUACAGCUCCUCCAACAACUACCACGACUACAGCUCCUCCAACAACUACCACAACCACAGCUCCUCCAACAACUACCACAACUACAGCUCCUCCAACAACUACCACCACCACAGCUCCUCCAACAACUACCACAACUACAGCUCCUCCAACAAAUACCACAACUACAGCUCCUCCAACAACCACCACCACGGCUCCUCCAACAACUACCACAACUACAGCUCCUCCAACAACUACCACAACUACAGCUCCUCCAACAACUACCACAACUACACUUCCUCCAACAACUACCACAACUACAGCUCCUCCAAGAACUACCACAAACACAGUUCCUCCAACAACUACCACCACCACAGCUCCUCCAACAACUACCACAACCACAGCUCCUCCAACAACUACCACAACUACAGCUCCUCCAACAACUACCACAACUACAGCUCCUCCAACAACCACCACCAACACAGCUCCUCCAACAACCACCACAACUACAGGUCCUCCAACAACUACCACAACUACAGCUCCUCCAACAACUACCACCACCACAGCUCCUCCAAUCACGACAACCACAGUUCCUCAAACAACAACAACUACAGCUCCUCCAACCACAACAACUACAGCUCCUCCAACCACAACAACCACAGUCCCUCCAACGACGACAUCCACAGCUCCUCGAACCGCAACAACCACAGCUCCUCCAACCACAACAACCACAGUCACUCCAACAACAACAACCACAAUUCCUCCAACAACAACAACCACAGCUCCUCCAACCGCGACAACCACAGCACCUCCAACCACAGUUCCUCCAACCACGACAACCACAGUCCCUCCAACCGCAACAACCACAGCUCCUCCAACCACAACAACCACAGUAAUUCCAACCACGACAACCACAGUUCCUUCAACCACAACAACCACAGCUCCUCUAACCACAACAACCACAGUUCCUCCAACCACAACAACCACAGUUCCUCCAACCACGACAACCACAGUUCCUCCAACCACAAAAACCACAGUUCCUCCAAGCACAGCAACCACUGCUCCUCCAACCACAACAACUACAGCUCCUCCAACCACAACAACCACAGUUCCUCCAACCACUACAACCACAGUUCCUCCAACCACAACAACCACAAUUCCUCCAACCGCAACAACCACAGCUCCUCAAACCACAACAACCACAGUUCUUCCAACCGCGACAACCACAGCUCCUCCAACCACAACAACCACAGUCCCUCCAACCGCAACAACCACAGUUCCUCCAACCACAACAACUACAGUUCCUCCAACCACAAAAACCACAGUUCCUCCAAGCACAGCAACCACAGUUCCUCCAACCACAACAACAACAGUUCCUCCAACCACAACAACCACAGCUUCUCCAAUAACAACAACAGUUCCUCCAACCACAACAACCACAGCUUCUCCAAUAACAACUACAGUUCCCCCAACCACAACAACCACAGUUCCUCCAACCACAACAACCACAGUUCCUCCAACCACAACAACGACAGCUCCUCCAACCACAACAACCACAGUUCCUCCAACCACUACAACCACAGUUCCUCAGACCACAACAACCACAAUCCCUCCAACCGCAACAACCACAGCUCCUCAAACCACAACAACCACAGUUCCUCCAACCGCGACAACCACAGCUCCUCCAACCACAACGACCACAGUUCCUCCAACCACAACAACCACAGUCCCUCCAACCGCAACAACCACAGUUCCUCCAACCACAACAACCACAGCUCCUCCAACCACAAAAACCACAGUUCCUCCAAGCACAGCAACCACAGUUCCUCCAAGCACAGCAACCACAGUUCCUCCAACAACUACCACAGCUCCUCCAACAACAACAACCACAGCUUCUCCAAUAAAAACUACAGUUCCCCCAACCACAACAACCACAGUUCCUCCAACCACAACAACUACAGUUCCUCCAACCACAAAAACCACAUUUCCUCCAACCACAACAACCACAGCUCCUCCAACCACAACAACAACAGUUCCUCCAACCACGACAACCACAGUUCCUCCAACCACAACAACCACAAUCCCUCCAACCGCAACAACCACAGUUCCUCCAACCGCAACAACCACAGUUCCUCCAACCACAACAACCACAGUUCCUCCAACCACAACAACCACAGUCCCUCCAAGCACAACAACUACAGCUCCUCCAACCAAAACAACCACAGUUCCUUCAACCGUAACAACCACAGCUCCUCCAACCGUAACAACCACAGCUCCUUCAACAACUACGACCACCAACAAACCAACCACCGCAACUACUGUUGCUGCAGUCGUAGAUGCUCGGGAAAAGACCCACAAAGCAAGACCGAAACCGUAGAAGCUGAAUUCGAGGUUGUGGCCAAACCGAACUCUACCGUAGCAAGCCUUCCUCCUAAUGACUUCGUUGCCAAGGCUUUCACCAAUAACUCAAACCCAGGAGCAAGUGUGACCAUAACCUCUGCUGAAGUUAUAGACGAACCCUUUUCAUCUGAUCUGCUGAACCCGGAAAGUCCAAAAUACAAAGAUCUUGAGAAAAGAUGUCUACAAACUUGUUCUGCCAUUUUCAGUCCACAUUCUUGGUUUUCACACUGCAAAGUGAAAAAGUUCAGGGGAAAAGACCCACAAAGCAAGACCGAAACCGUAGAAGCUGAAUUCGAGGUUGUGGCCAAACCGAACUCUACCGUAGCAAGCCUUCCUCCUAAUGACUUCGUUGCCAAGGCUUUCACCAAUAACUCAAACCCAGGAGCAAGUGUGACCAUAACCUCUGCUGAAGUUAUAGACGAACCCUUUUCAUCUGAUCUGCUGAACCCGGAAAGUCCAAAAUACAAAGAUCUUGAGAAAAGAUGUCUACAAACUUGUUCUGCCAUUUUCAGUCCACAUUCUUGGUUUUCACACUGCAAAGUGAAAAAGUUCAGGGGAAAAGACCCACAAAGCAAGACCGAAACCGUAGAAGCUGAAUUCGAGGUUGUGGCCAAACCGAACUCUACCGUAGCAAGCCUUCCUCCUAAUGACUUCGUUGCCAAGGCUUUCACCAAUAACUCAAACCCAGGAGCAAGUGUGACCAUAACCUCUGCUGAAGUUAUAGAUUCAUCCAUCUAUUCCUACACCACGACUGUUGGCUUAGACGAACCCUUUUCAUCUGAUCUGCUGAACCCGGAAAGUCCAAAAUACAAAGAUCUUGAGAAAAGAUGUCUACAAACUUGUUCUGCCAUUUUCAGUCCACAUUCUUGGUUUUCACACUGCAAAGUGAAAAAGUUCAGGGGAAAAGACCCACAAAGCAAGACCGAAACCGUAGAAGCUGAAUUCGAGGUUGUGGCCAAACCGAACUCUACCGUAGCAAGCCUUCCUCCUAAUGACUUCGUUGCCAAGGCUUUCACCAAUAACUCAAACCCAGGAGCAAGUGUGACCAUAACCUCUGCUGAAGUUAUAGAUAGUCCACACACAGCUGCAGUAACUCCCACGACCACCACAACUACCACCAAGAGUGCCACCACCGAUUCAUCCAUCUAUUCCUACACCACGACUGUUGGCUUAGACGAACCCUUUUCAUCUGAUCUGCUGAACCCGGAAAGUCCAAAAUACAAAGAUCUUGAGAAAAGAUGUCUACAAACUUGUUCUGCCAUUUUCAGUCCACAUUCUUGGUUUUCACACUGCAAAGUGAAAAAGUUCAGGGGAAAAGGGCCACAAACAAAGACCACCGAAACCGUAGAAGCUGAAUUCGAGGUUGUGGCCAAACCGAACUCUACCGUAGCAAGCCUUCCUCCUAAUGACUUCGUUGCCAAGGCUUUCACCAAUAACUCAAACCCAGGAGCAAGUGUGACCAUAACCUCUGCUGAAGUUAUAGAUAGUCCACACACAGCUGCAGUAACUCCCACGACCACCACGACCACUACCACUAGUGCCACCACCGCGUCCAGUGCAUCACAGAAGAAGAUCCCUCUGGUUACGGCCCCUCUCCUGGUGCUUCUGUCCUGGGUCCUGUCCAGCCAAUCAUAA